UUCGUGCCACGUGUCCUCCUUAUCCCGACACAUAUAAACCCCACCAUCUUCUUCUCCUCCCCUCACUUCCUCUCUUCCCCCAACGCCCAAUACUCUUCUUUGAAACAAAAAAAAAGAAGGAGAAAAACUACGAAAAUGCUGGAGGAAGCAUUACCGUCGAUCUGGGCGUUGGUCCACGGCUGGCUCACCCCCACCGUCCUUUUCGUGCUUCUCAACCUCGUCAUCGGAACCAUCGCCGUCACGUCCAAAGUGAUCCACCGCGACGCCGACGGUGCUGGCGACCCCCGCAAGCUCUUCCGCUCUCCGUCCCUCGUCCUCGACCGCCUCCGCUCCUUCAACCUCCACAGCUACCGCUCCGGCAACAUCCCCCUCGAGAGUGCCGCCCGGUCCGAGCCACUCGAAACCCUCCAUGUCUCGCCGGAUCCCGCCGUCGCCGCCGAGUCCGAGGCCGUGGAGGCGAUCCACGCACCGGAGGCCGAUCCCGCAGGCGAGGAGCACCACGAGUUCAGCCGAAGCCAGUCGGACUCGCGCCCGACCGGGGGGGAGGUGCCGGUGAAGCUGGCCGCGAAGAUGAAGAAGUCGGCGAGCGACAAGUCGAUGUUCGCGCACUUCGAGGUCGAGGAGGCGGAGGUGGUCCCGUUGCCGGCGACGGUGAGGGCGAGGACCGCGCGGCGGGAGGCGGCGGCGGCGGAGGAGGACGAUGAAGGAAGGGAGGUAGAUGCCCGCGCCGACGACUUCAUCAACCGGUUCCGGCAGCAGCUCCAGCUUCAGCGGCUCGACUCCAUCAUGAGGUACAAGGAGCUGCUCAACCGUGGGGCUGGAAAUCAAACUUAGAAAUUACUUUUAAGGCAAAAAUAACAACCGAAUUAAAAAAAAGAAAAAAAGAGAGAGGAGUACUCUAGUUUUCACAUCUUUUUCUUAGAAAAAUAGGUGAGAAAAGAAACUUCCUCGGAUUAUAUUAGUCUACGAUGUUUGCGGUAGCCUGUGGUUGUUGCUUCGAAUUUUAGCCUGAUGCUGGUGAGUUUUCUGCGUUGGUUAUUGUUGGUGGCUUUGUAAAUUAUUGUUACUUUUAUUACUUGUUUUCAUUUCAUGAAGUACGGAUCAAGGGAUGGUUAUUA